UGAAAUUUUAUAAUACUCAUAAUUUAAUUUUCCAGACAUCAAAAUGUUCCGCAGCUUAUGGGAAACCGCGAAAAAUUCGCCCUUCAGCCAGCCAUUCGAAGCCCAUUGCGAUGCCCCCAAUAAAGAGCUCGUGAGUGGGAGAAGAAUUGCUGCUGCUGAUGCUGCUGAAGGGGAUAGCUGUGAAUAUGGAUCAACCGAGUACUAUGUUAUGUGUGGGUUUGGUGGUCUUUUGAGUUGUGGUAUAACUCAUACAGCUGUUGUACCUCUUGAUCUAGUCAAGUGCAGAAUCCAGGUUGAUCCUGCAAAGUAUAAGGGAGUUUUCAAUGGAUUCAAGGUAACUCUUGCUGAAGGUGGUGUUCGUAGCCUCGGCAGAGGCUGGGCUCCUACUGCCAUUGGAUACUCCAUGCAAGGUAUCUGCAAAUUCGGCUUUUAUGAAGUAUUCAAGAUACUUUACAGUAACAUGCUUGGAGAAGAAAAUACUUACCUUUACAGAACAUCUCUGUAUCUAGCAGCUUCGGCUUCAGCUGAGUUCUUUGCUGAUAUUGCUCUGUCACCCAUGGAAGCUGUGAAGGUUCGUAUCCAGACUAUGCCUGGUUUCCCAGCCACCUUGCGAGCUGGUGCUCCAAUUAUUUAUGGCCAGGAAGGACUCUGGGGCUUCUACAAGGGUGUUGUACCUCUGUGGUGCAGACAGAUUCCAUACACAAUGAUGAAGUUUGCCUGCUUUGAGCGCACUGUGGAGGCCCUGUAUCAAUAUGUCGUUCCCAAGCCCCGUGAUCAGUGUUCAAAAUCAGAACAGCUUGUGGUCACAUUUGCUGCAGGUUACAUUGCUGGUGUCUUCUGUGCGAUAGUGUCACAUCCUGCUGAUACUAUUGUUUCAAAAUUGAACCAGGCUAAGGGAUCUUCAGCUGUUGAAGUUGCCAAGAGUCUUGGAUUUGCCGGUAUGUGGAAGGGAUUGUUCCCCCGUAUCAUUAUGAUCGGUACUCUCACAGCCCUGCAGUGGUUCAUCUAUGAUGCUGUCAAGGUCACACUUCGUCUCCCACGUCCACCACCCCCUCAGAUGCCAGAAUCCCUUAGAUUAAAGCUUGAAGGUAACCAGGCUUAGAUUUCCUUCAUUCCAUUAUCCAGAGAAUUUAAAUCCAAUACUACUACACCAAAAUCUUGACGAUUUUGACAGGUUUAGGUAAA